AUGUUAUCAUCAUUAUUUUCUCGUGAUCCAAAAUCAUCUUUCCCAUGGGAUCUUUCUUUAAAAAGUUAUUGCUCCAAUAAUGGCUUACAAAUAAGUAACACUUUUAAAAAAUCUGAUAAUUUACAAAAAGGUACUUGUUUUUUUACUUCUCAAAUUAAUGGAGAUGAAUUAAAAACACAAAUACAAAAAUUAAAAACAUUAAAACAUCCCAAUAUAUUAAGCUAUUUUGAUUCACUGGAAACAAAUGAUACAAUUUAUCUAAUAACAGAAGAAUGUAAACCUUUACAUCAAUACAUCAAUGAUUCAAAUCUUAAAGGUAUUCAUUUAGAAAUGUUUACAUCAUGGGGUAUGUAUCAAAUUUUAAAUCUUUUAAAAUUUUUACAUAAUGAUGUAAAAAUUAACCAUGGAAGCAUUCGUAGAAAUAUUUAUGUAACACCAUCAGGUGAUUGGAAAUUAGCUGGUUUUGAAGCAUCUCAAUCAUUUUCUUCCUCAAAAAAUGAUCUUUCACAAUUUUGUAUAAUUUUAUGGGAAAUUUUUAAUGGAUUUAAUGAUGGAAUGUUGAAUCCUAAAGCACCUGGUAAAAUGCCUGAAAAAUUACAUAAUGUAUACAAAAAAAUGGCUUCUUCAAAAACUUCUGCACAAGAAAUAUUAAAUGAAUCAGCUUUUUUUAAUGGUUUAAUUGAUAAUUUAGAUUUAUUUCCAGGUGAAAUUGCUAAGCAUAAAAUACUUCCUAGACUUAUAUUGUGUUAUGAAUUUGGAGAUGCUGGUGUACAUAUUUUAUCACCAUUAUUUAAAAUUGGAACAUUAUUAGAUGAAACUGAAUAUCAAAAAAUGAUUGUACCAUGUAUAGCAAAAUUAUUUACCUCUAAUGAUCGUAGUAUUCGUGUAAGACUUCUAGAAAAAAUUGAAGAGUUUGCUCCACAUAUGCAAAGUAAUGAUAUAAAUGAAAAGAUAUAUAUAAAUAUUACGAAUGGUUUUAAUGAUCCAUCACCAGCAAUAAGAGAAAUGACUGUUAAAGCUAUUGUUCAUUUUGCAGAUAAACUUAAUUAUAAUAAUUUAAAUGUUGACUUGAUGAAAUAUUUAGCAAGAAUUCAAGGUACUGAUGAGAAUCCAGGUGCAAGAACAAACUCAACUAUUUGUUUAGGUAAAAUAGCCUGUUAUAUUGAUCCAUCUCAUAGACAAAAAAUAUUAUUAUCUGCAUUCACUAGAGCAUUAAAGGAUCCUUUUCCUCCAAAUAGAAUUGCUGGAAUACUUGCAAUGAGUGCUACACAACAAUUUUAUUCAUUAUCUGAAGUAGCAAAUCGUAUUCUUCCUGCACUUGGUCCUGCUACAUUUGAUUCAGAAAAACAAGUUAGAGAUCAAGCUUUUAAAUCAUUAAAAGGAUUUAUUGAUAAAUUAGAAAAAGUUAGUGAAAAUCCCGAUUUACUAGAAGAAAUGGAAUCACAGGUUAAAGCUGGUGGUAAAGGUGGAAUGUUAUCUGGCGAAAAAUUACCUGCCUGGGCUGGGUGGGCAUUUAAAAGUUUAAGUGAAAAAUUAUAUAAAGGAUCUCCUCAACCAGGUAAUCAAUUAUCUAAACCAACGGAGAUUAAAAAAGAAAGUAAAACAAUAAAUGUUUCUGAUAAAUUUGAAAAUACAGUACAGCAAAAAAAUGAAUUAUCUGACGAUUGGGAGGAUGCAAAAGAUAACGAUAUAACUAAUACUACGCCAAAAGAUGAUACCUCUUCAACUAAUGGAUGGGAUUGUGAUGAUGAUAUUUUGGAGGAUAUUGAUGAUAUAAAACCCAUUAAUAUAAAGAAAACAAAUCCAAUUCCUACUAAAAAAUUACCAAUGAAUGAAGAUGACUUCUUUAGUGACGCUUUUGAAAGACAAACCAAAAAAGUUGGUACAAAAUCUACAGCAUUAAAAUUGGGAUCUAAAAAAAAUAUAAUUUCAACGAAAAAAUCAACUAUAGACGAUGAAAUUAAUUCCAUAUUUGAGUUAGAUAACAUGAAAAUGUCGUCAUCAAAUAACCUUAGCGAUUCGUUAGAGUCAAAAGAAGCAUUGAAAGAAAAACGAAGAUUAGAAAUUGCGGCAAGGAAUGAAAAAAAAAAGGCUGAAUUGGCUGCAAAACGUGCUGCUAAAUUAAGUAGUAAUACUGAUAAUUAA